CGUAGGCCAACGGCUGUCCCUGUAGACUAAGAACUACUUCAUUCUCAAACUCUAUGUUCCCUAGUGAAAGAAAGAAAAAGCGCUUGUUUUAUUCCUCGAGCCAACAUCCAGUCAACAGAACGACAGUCAGUGAGGAUCGUAUCCUCGCCUUGCCGCUGCAUUAGAAGAGAGAAAGAGCGAAGAGAGCAGUACGGAGGGAACUGUGCGCAGGAGGAGGCGUUUAUGUGCGCUAUAGAGCUGUGGUGCUGAAACGCGCUCAGUUGCACCGGCGAGCGGAGCCCCGCUGAACGGGAGAAACGGAGUUUUUCUAUCACCCCUGUACGGAGGAUCUUCUUGUACUUGGAUUGAUGCAAAACAUGCGCAUUAAAGCAACCUGAUUUGAACAAAAUUGUGUUGGGAAAUAUUACGUGAACGUUCGAAAGAAAGUUCUAAACUUUAAAGAGACCGCAAGCAUUGAUGCUUAGACUGUGUUCAGAUGGCAGUAGAGACUUCCAGCUCCCAGAGCUGAGCUUAACAUAAUCUGCCGGUUAUUUUAUUUUAUUUUCCUAAUUCAAGAGGUGGGCGAGGACCAGCUUCCACAUUCUGUCCAUCCGGAGCUUUCGUGCGCACACUUUUAGUCUGGACUGCAGGACAAGUGUUGAAGACUCCGGAAAGAUGUUGACGUUUUACAUCGCAUUGUGCCUUUUAGGAACAGUGUCUCAAGCAGCCUACUUUUCUAAGCAGCCCCAGGACCAAGUAGUGGUUGCUGGCCAAUCAGUAACCUUGCCCUGUGUGAUUGUGGGAUACCGGGGCAUGGUGCAGUGGACCAAAGAUGGUUUGGCGCUAGGCGGCGAACGAGACCUACCAGGUUGGGCACGUUACUCUCUGAUGGGAGACCCGCUAUCAGGAGAGCACAGCUUGGUGAUCGAUUCAGCUGAGCUGGGCGAUGAUGCGAUCUACGAGUGUCAAGCCACACAAGCUGGGCUACGAUCACACAGAGCCAAACUGACGGUGCUGGUGCCACCUUCAGAUCCCGUAGUGGAGGGAGGGCCAGUGCUCCGCCUGAAAGCUCAUACUGCUCAUAAUCUGACAUGCCGGGCAUCUGGGGCCAAACCUGCUGCAGAGAUUACCUGGUACAGGGAUGGAGAGAUAAUGCAUGAUGCCAUCUACAUAAAGACUUUGAUGGAGGAUGGAAAGAGAGAAACAGCGGUUAGCAUGCUACCCAUGGUGCCGGAGGACAGUGACUCUGGACGUACCUACACCUGCAGGGUCCUAAACCCAGCUGCCCCUGCAGGUCGCCAAACUUCGGUUACCAUCAGUGUUCAGCAUCCUCCGUCUGUGACUCUCUCUGUUCAGCCUCAGACGGUGAUGGAGGGAGCAAAAGUGUUGUUCAUUUGCUCUGCCUCUGCCAACCCUGAGAUUACAGGUUACAGAUGGUCCAAGGGUGGGGUUCCUAUCUCGGAGGCUAAUGGUGACAGCCUGGAGGUGACCGUAGACCACUCUUACUUCACAGACCCAGUGUCCUGCGAGGUAUCCAACUCAGUAGGGAGUACUAAUGUCAGCACCUUGGUUGAUGUACAAUUUGGUCCAAGGUUGCUGACAGAACCGAAACCCCAGACAGUGGACACAGGGAUGGAUGCUGCCUUCACGUGCUCAUGGACGGGCAACCCUCCUCUCACUCUGGCCUGGACAAAACAAGGCUCCAAUGUGGUGCUCAGCAAUAGUAACACCCUUCAGCUGAAGGCAGUUACCCAAAAGGAUUCUGGGACAUACACCUGCAAAGCCAUUGUGCCUCGGAUUGGUGUGGCAGAGAGAGAUGUUACUCUAACAGUCAAUGGCCCUCCCAUCAUCACGGCUGAGGCCACGCAACAGGCCGUCAGGCAUUCCAAGGGCAAGCUGGAGUGUCUAGUGGGCAGCAGCCCUCCUCCUGACAAGAUUGUAUGGACAUUUGGGGACAUGAUCUUGUCAUCUGGCUCUUCUGGUCGUUUUUCCGUGCAGACAGUACACAGUGACCGAGGGGUCCUUUCCUCGCUAAUCCUCUCAGAGACUCUGGCCCAAGAUUUCCAGCUUCGGUACAACUGCACUGCGUGGAACCGCUUCGGUUCAGGCAUGGCACUGGUCACUCUUGAAGAGGAAGAAGCCCUCCCCUUGCUAAUCAUCAUUGGAGCAUCGGUGGCCGGAGGCUGUGUCUUCAUCGUUUGUGUCAUUACCCUGGUUUCCUUCUGCUACCGCCACACUGCUAAAGGCAAAAAGGGCACACGCCUGUCUAAGAGCGACAUCCGCGUACAAAUCGUGCACAGUGACCACAACGCAGCAAGAGGAAAUGACGAUGAAGAGGACGUGAAGGAGCCUAUGGCUCCCAACAGCAGUGAGUCUCCAGGAACGUCUCGCACAGAGCACAGCGACCUGCUGGAAGAGGAGGAGGAUGAGAGAUCAGAUAUCAAGGACCCCACCAAUGGGUACUACAAUGUGCGGGCUCACGAGGACCGCCACAUUACAAGAACCGGCUUCUCCGAAUAUGUCCCUAAUGCACGUCCAGUCUACACUCCUUCUCAGCUUCCCUCGCCGAGCCCCUUAUACGGCCAGCACUCCACUCAGCCUCGGAUUUAUGACUUCUCCCAGCGUUAUGCCACAACCCCUGCCACACGCACAACCUAUGAGCAACAGCAAUCACAACAGCCGCAGCAACAACAGCAAACUCCCACCAUCUACCCUCAGGAGCCAGUCUAUGCGGGCUCCGCCUACCUGCCCGCCACCUAUGGCCGUGCCUUCACGAGCUACGUCAAACCUGCAUCCUACGAGAAGGUUGACGGGUAUGAGCAUUCAGACCAGGCCAGCAAGGUGUCCAGCUCUUCUCGAUUCUCAUACGCAUCCUCGCAGGUGUCGUCGCCGCAGUCUGAUUAUGGACGGCCCUCUCAGCAACGCAUGCAGACUCAUGUGUGAUGGCUCCCUCGAAGGUGUCUAGCACGAUCAUCAUCGUGGUCAACAAGGACUUUCUUCUGAAUGGGUUCAGGAGGGAUUAAGCCAACUUUACACUGAGAUUCAAGAGGUGGAAAAGCUUUAUUGCUGUAUUGAAGUGAAUGUUGGAUCAAUGGGAAACUUUGGGAAGAACUACAAUGUGCCACUCAAGCUUGGAAGUCACCAUCAAGCUACUAAUUCUCUUUGACCAAACAUUGAACUUUUAAGGGAAAUAAACACCGUCCAUUAAUCCAUCUCUAUGGCACUGUAUUUCCAUUAAAAAUGGUUCUGGCACUGACCCUUCUAGAUCUUGGAGAAGGAAGGCAGUGCUUUGGAGAAGGGAGGUGUCCUCAUGAACUAACCUUUGCAAAUGGGGACAUGCUUAUGACACUAUGCUGAAACAAUCAUAAUUACAUAAUCUUAAAAAAAAAAAAAAA